AGGGGCGGGACCAGACGAGGGGUGACUGCCGCGCGGCGCCGGGGAGGACGCCUUCACCUGUUCACACUGCAGCGCGGAUUGCGGUUCGUGGCGCGCGCCACCGGGGAAGGAGCGGUGGGCCGAGGGGUGGAGGUGGGGUCCCAGGAGGACCUCGGGCUGUGGACCCGGGGAGCGGAGUCGGGGAGUGGGGCGGGGGAGCGAGGUGGCGCCCGGGAGCCAGGGAUAUGGCGCGGCCAGACGAUGAGGAGGGGGCGGCGGUGGCGUCCGGACACCCGCUCGCGAAAGGAUACCUCCCGUUGCCGAGGGGCGCGCCAGCUGGGAAGGAGAGCGUGGAGCCGCAGAACGGGCCCAAAGCGGGCACCUUCCCGGUGAACGGGGCCCACCGGGACAGCCUCGCUGCCGCCUCGGGAGUUCUGGGCGGGCCUCAGACUCCGCUGGCUGCGGAAGAGGAGACCCAGGCCCGGCUGCUGCCUGCGGGCGCCGGAGCGGAGACCCCGGGGGCCGAGAGCACCCCGCUGCCCCGAACGGCGCUCUCCCCGCGGCGCUUCGUGGUGCUCCUGAUCUUCAGCCUGUACUCGCUGGUAAACGCCUUUCAGUGGAUCCAGUACAGCAUCAUCAGCAACGUCUUCGGGGGCUUCUACGGCGUCACCUUGCUGCACAUCGACUGGCUGUCCAUGGUGUACAUGGUGGCCUACGUGCCCCUCAUCUUCCCGGCCACCUGGCUGCUGGACACCAGAGGCCUGCGGCUCACCGCCCUGCUGGGCUCCGGCCUCAACUGCCUGGGUGCCUGGAUCAAGUGCGGCAGUGUGCAGCAGCAUCUCUUCUGGGUCACCAUGUUGGGCCAGUGCCUGUGCUCCGUGGCCCAGGUGUUCAUCCUGGGCUUGCCCUCCCGCAUCGCCUCAGUGUGGUUUGGGCCCAAAGAGGUGUCCACAGCUUGUGCCACCGCCGUGCUGGGCAAUCAGCUUGGAACUGCAGUUGGCUUUUUGCUACCACCAGUUUUAGUACCCAACACACAGAAUGACACAAAUCUCCUGGCUUAUAAUAUCAGCACCAUGUUUUAUGGAACAUCAGCUGUUGCCACACUUUUAUUUAUUUUAACAGCAAUUGCCUUCAAAGAAAAACCUCGGUAUCCACCAAGUCAGGCUCAAGCAGCUCUUCAAGACAGUCCCCCUGAAGAGUACUCCUAUAAGAAAUCAAUAAGAAACCUGUUUAAAAACAUUCCUUUUGUCCUUCUGUUGAUCACUUAUGGUAUCAUGACUGGUGCCUUUUAUUCAGUCUCAACAUUAUUAAAUCAAAUGAUAUUGACAUAUUAUGAGGGAGAAGAAGUCAAUGCUGGAAGGAUUGGGCUAACACUAGUAGUAGCUGGAAUGGUGGGCUCUAUUCUUUGUGGCUUAUGGCUGGAUUAUACCAAAACAUACAAACAGACUACUCUGAUAGUUUAUAUUUUGUCUUUUAUUGGAAUGGUUAUCUUUACUUUCACAUUGGACCUUGGAUACAUUAUCAUGGUGUUUGUUACUGGAGGGGUGCUUGGCUUCUUCAUGACUGGUUACCUCCCUUUGGGUUUUGAAUUUGCUGUUGAAAUCACUUACCCUGAAUCUGAAGGUACUUCAUCUGGUCUUCUUAAUGCUUCUGCACAGAUAUUUGGAAUUUUGUUCACAUUGGCUCAAGGAAAGCUCACAUCAGAUUAUGGUCCUAAGGCAGGAAACAUUUUUCUCUGUGUCUGGAUGUUUAUAGGCAUCAUUUUAACAGCAUUAAUCAAGUCGGAUCUGCGAAGACACAACAUAAAUAUAGGAAUUACAAAUGUUGAUGUUAAAGCUGUACCAGCUGACAGUCCCACAGACCAAGAAUCAAAAACGGUUAUGUUGUCCAAGCAGUCAGAAUCAGCAAUUUGAAGAGAAAGGAAAAGUUACUAUCCUGUAGUAAUUGGGGACAAUGUGAUCAUCCUUGGAGAGAUAUAUGAGCACCAAGACUGGGUUUGUAUGUGGUGGGAGAAUAGACACACUUACUUGAAAAUUACCAUAUGAGCUCUAAAUGCGUAAUUAUUAUUUUGCUUAAUUGUUAAUUUAAGGGAAAUUUUCUUAAAAUUCUUCUGUUUACAUCAUGUUAACACUAUUGUUUAUCUAAUCAGUAUCCAGUUUUUAGUCUUAUAUUGUAUCUGAAAGUAAGCUUCUUGACAUUUACUUUUUAAAAGUCGAUGUUUUUCUUUUUUGUAGAAAAUGGAAGCUUAGAAGACUUUUUAAAGUGAUAAUAUGGGGUGUUCAGUCCCCAUAAGAUAUAAUAGUUCAUGCAGUUUAUAUAUUAAAAUAUCCAGUGGAACUAAAUGUACAAUAUAUUCCUAAUUGGCUGCCUUUUCACUGUGCUGACCAACUGUUCAAGCCACUUCAUAUGAGUACAACAUACCAACAUGACACUACUCACCCACAAAGGACAGCAUUGGGAUCAGGCUUUCAGAUGACCUCUACGAUUUUUCCCAUUUGUUGUACUCUUGUUACAAAGUACUUCUUAACACAUGCAGUCAAAUGGCUACAAAAACUAUUCUGUGUACAGAUUCUACCCAGACUUUGGUCUUAGAAUUAUGUUCUCAUUAAGGAGCCUGGUUAUAGGCUCGUUCUGUCUUGAGUUCUGUUCUGUGCUGCCUUUCUAUCAUGGAUAAAUGCUAACACUGUAUUUCUUUCAUUUCAACUUGAGAUAGAGUAGUUUUGUACCCAUUGCCUUUUUUUUAUUUUAAACUCUCUUCUUUCUUUUUCCUGAUGUGUAACUUUCUAGUAAGACAAUUUUAUCAUAUAUGUUACUGGCUAUUUCAUGUUUUCUUGUAUCACAUCCUAUAUUUUGCUUUGAAGAUUCCUGAAAUAAGGAAAUCUGUAAUAACCUCAGAUAGCCUACAUGUCUCCAUUUAGUGGAGAUCUCUUGAAUGCUGUUUGAAUUCUGCAGUGUCAUUUUUAUGACCAUUCUCCUUUGAGGAAUACUAUUCCCAGGUACAUGCUCCAUCAGUGUGCCAGGGAGUGGAUUCUUUUCUUCACUGCAGCGUCAUCACACUGUUGGAGUUGUCUGCUCUUUUACAUGCUCAGGUAGGGAAAAUAGGACCAAAUAUAUUUCCACAGUGCCUACCACUGUGUCAUGUUUACAGUGAGAGGUUAAGUAUUGUUGAUGUCCUGACUCUGAGCUCAUGGGGAGUAUCUUUAUAGUAAUGACAUUUGAUCAGCCAUAGAAUUUACAUUAUGUUCAUAUGCACCCAAAAAAGCUAGUCAGGUAAUGAAUACCCUUGAAGUGAAUAGCAGUUUUGAUUUAGGCAGUGUGUUAGGCCAUCCUUGCAUUGCUAUAAAGAAAUACUUGGGCCAGACGUGGUGGCUCACGCG